UCACGGCAGAGGACGAAAGGGACCGAGCGGUCUCCUCCAAGGUCAUAUAUGAUGACGCCAAGUAUCCGUGAUGGAAAAGAAAAGGCCAAUAAAGGCUCUGGAGGUGAGGUGCUUUUCUUGGGAUCGGCACUGCCUCUUCCACCCUGGCGCGCCUUGCAGAUUUUGCAUCCCGGAGAUGCUCCUUGGCGGGAGACGGAGAAGUGGAAACCUGCCGCCAUCGAUCGUCGCUGCUUCCCUGGUGGCCGAAGGCGAAGAGCCCUCCUAGUCGUCGCCAUCCUCCUCUUCUUGCCACGCUUUCCUGCUUCCGGCUGCCCAGAUGUUUGCAGCUGCUCCUUGGGGAAAGUAAACUGUGUGGACCGUGGGCUGCAUUUUGUACCUCUCCGGUUGCCCGCAAACGCCACCGCCCUCUCGCUGGACCACAACCAGAUUGUCACCCUCCCGAACGGCACCUUCGCAGCCCAGAAAGUCUUGCUCCGCCUGAGCGUUCGCAGCAACGUCCUGGGCAGCGUUCACCGCCUGGCCCUGGUGGGCCUCUGUGAGCUGCAGGACCUGGACCUGAGCAACAACUCCCUCAGCCUCCUGCACCCCGAGACCUUCCUCCCUGUGCCAAGACUGAGGACGCUCAAACUGGGGAACAACCAGCUCCUGAGGCUGGAGCCCGAGCUCCCCGGGGCCCUGCCCCAUCUCAGGGCCCUCUUUGUCCACAGCAACGCGCUGGCCUCCCUCCCGGCUGGCUUCUUGGAAAGGCUGCCCUCCUUGUCUCACCUGACCCUCGAAGGCAACCCCUGGACCUGCUCCUGCGGCCUCCGCCCCCUCUUCCUGUGGCUGGUGAAGAACAGGGACAAAGUUCCAGAGGCGAAUUCAGUGACUUGCAAACACCAAGCCUCCCUCGCCCAGUAUCCCAUCGCGGCCCUUGGAAAUGAAUCCUUUGCACGUUGUCAGGCGCCCCGGAUGCAUCUCCCCGGCUAUGCGUUCUUCUUCCUGAUCGGCCCAUCUACUUUCCUGGCCAGCAUUUGCGUCGGCAUCCUGCUGGGCUCGCUGGCAGUGGCCCGCCUGAAACUGAGGACGACAGGCUCAUGCAUUUGACCGAGGGCUCUGGAAAGUGCCAUGCAACAAUAGUCCCUUCUAUUCCCUGCUUGGUGCCUUCGCAGGUUUUCCUCAAAAAGGGAGAUAAGGUAAGGUGAAGGCUGCCAAUGCAAGGAGGACUGUGGCAUCUCAGUGGCCCUGGAAGCUUCUCUGCUGGGCUCUGUGCCCCUUGCUCUUUGUACAGUGCUUUGUCUGGCUGGCACAGCCAGAGGUCCCUGUUGUUCCUGAUGGAGGGAGUGGCAGCCUGGAGGCAGCUGAGGUGCAGCCUGGGCUGAGGACAGAGCCUCUUUGAGGAGUGCUUCCCAAUGGGCAGAGCAGCGCUGGGCUCCUUGUCCUCCAUGAGGAAACAUCUGAACACCAAGGUGGGUUCCCCUCACCACACCCGGCCCCUAGGAAACACGCCGCCCAUGAUGCGCAGGCCCAGGGGCUUCCCCUUCUUGGAAAGGGAAAGGCAAGAGCUGAGCCAGUCCUAGUCUGGGCUGGGGGGGGGGGGGUCCUAAUCUGGAGCAGAGAGGCUGACCAUGCCGUGUGAAGCCCAGCUUGUCAAGGGAACCGGAGGGCCCUCCGUGCCUGCCCUCCUUGCUGGAGCCUGGCCCAACAGGUACUGGCUGCCAGCCAUUGGCUCACCUUCCUCGGAGUGGCUCAGGGAGCAGCUCGCCUUCUAGACGGGCAGUCAGAGAACAUCCCCCUGCCUCCCAAUAAGCACUUUGGUUGGGCUGGCUGCCUGGGGCUACGUGGCAGAUGUUUGUGUUUGUUUUCUGAAGCCAAAAAACGGUGCCCCUUAUCGGAAACAGCAAAGCUCCAGCUAGCCCACUUCCAGCCAUGAUACAGAUGCUGAAAUCCAGUGCCUUCCUGGUGGUCGGAGUCAUGUGAUCUGGGAGAUCCAAUCCCAUCUCCUGCUUUGUCUCACCAUCAUUUCUUCAGGCAACCCUUCUGCUCCUGCUGGGCCUUCAGUGGGGUGUCUUCUCCAGCCUCUGCAGGGGACUUCCAGCUCCAACUCAGAGGGCCUCUGUGCAUCCAGCUACUGCAACCUGUCAGAGGCAUUGGCUGCAGAGUUCCAGAGUUAAAGGCAAAACCCAGCUGUGCAAAGAGCAUCGACCCUCACCACGGUGUCCCACAGAAUGCCACCUUGCCCACCCAACAGACCUGCAGCAUUUGCUCCUCAAGAAGCCUGAGCAACCCAUCAAGAAUGUCCCUUUCCCUCAUCGCAUGUAGACCUGUCCAUCUUCUUCACUCAAGACUGGAGUCUAAAAGGAAGGAUUUUUCACCUGCCUGGCCUUUCAUGGUCCCCAAAUGCAGCCACUUAUCUGCCCACUCAGCUAGCUGGGGUGCCUGUUUCUUGUUGCAGAGACUGCUCCCUGGCCGAUGCUGAUUUUAUCCUUAACGAAAGCCCUGAAGGUUCACUGGAUUAGAUCCAGUCCAACCUGUCCAAUUCGGCCCCCGGUUCCUAUCGUGGCUGGACAGAAACUUGGGAAACGCAGGUGGAAUCAAUGCCUUCAGCAUAAUUGCCACUGGGAAGGCUCUGCUUUGUGGCCUCUCUUGGUCUUUGGGCUGAAAGCAGUCUGAACUAGAGGUGGCCACGAGACCUCAUGGCUGGGAAAGCUACCGGCUAAUUUUGUGGCAUUUUCCCCCGGCCCAGAACUGCCACACGGAUCGGUGUGGAUCCGCUGAUAUUGCAUUCUAGUAGGAUGGAAGAGGGAACCCUGUUUAUAGAGAUGUUUACAGGCAUAACCAACGGCCGUCAGCCCUUCCCUCCUUCUGAAGACCAUCUCCAGCCCAUCCCCUCUGGGAAGCCUAGAACUGGAAACGCCCUUUGACCCCAGGAGACAAAAUCCUGCUCUCCAAAGGUGGAUCCUCGGAUGGCAAAGCUGUGCUCGCUGGGAUUCCAGAAGGGAGGGGCCCUUUCUUCCACAGAGGCUUCCGGCUUCGUGGCUGGCUGGCCAGCCUGCGCUGCCCUGUCCUUGCUGGGACCAACGGAUUGCUGAUGGCGGUCUCACCCAGAGGCUGGCCCUGGACGCAACUCGGCCUGCCUUAAAAACUCUAGGCUGGCCUCCAUUUUAAACUGGGGAGGAUUGGACGGACUGGAAUUGAACGGAAGGCUCUCGUUUUGGCAGCAGCGCACGUAUCUUAAAGGGUGGGGGAGAGAGCUACCUUGGCCAGUCCUCAUUUUGCAUUUUGAGCAGGGAGAGGGAGGGAGACGGCGGGAAGAUGCUCCCCAUGGGGAAGCACACGGCGGGCGCCUCCUCUGGAAGCUGCCUCCCCCCAGGCAGGGGCCUGCUUGCAGAGGUUUUAGCGGGGUGAUGGUGGUGAGUGGUUAGGGCAAGGGCAGACUGGCCUGUGAUUGGGAAGAUGUGCAGUCCUCCCCCAAACUUUGGGUCAGGCAGUGUUUUCCUGGCUCCAGUUUUGACAGGAAUUAAUGUGCUGCCCAUUUUCUCUCCCAGGAAACGUUCAGCCAGCACCACCUUUCCUGAUCUGCUGUUGCAGCUGGAGGCUACCCGAACUGUGACUCAAAGCCCGUUUGCCCAAGUCAGCUGCUUCUGCUGGAGAAGCCCCAGGCAGGAGACUUGGGUGCCAGUGGAGCAAUUUGGUCCCGAGUUUUUCUCUUU